CCUUUGAGCAGGAAGUCAAGAGCAAGCGUUUUCUAUCAUGAGGUGUUGGUAGAAAAGCAGUUCGAGGGAAAGGAACUAUGACAUUGGAGCAGAACUGACACUGAAAGGUGGAAAACAACGUUCUGUCUCAGCUGGUGUGAGCAAUCUGAAGAUUUAACUCUCCUGAAAAAGACUGGUUUGAAAAUGUUCGGAAACACCGCUCCCUUCUCCUACUCCCCAAGGGGGUUUUCACCGGAGGACUUCCCUCAGCAGAGGCGUGCUUUCCAACAAGAUGACCUGAAAGCUCCACCACUGCAGAGAAACGGCCUGUCCAGACCCAGUGGAAAAUUCAUAUACAGGCAGAGAAAAGAGUACUCUGAGACGCUGAACAGACAAACAGACAACUUACACGUCAGAGUGGAGCAUCUAUUCACCUGUGAGAUUGACGGCGAGGCAAUGAAGAGAUUGGAGGACUGUGUGGCCAAGCUCAAGAGGCUGGACACUAAAGGUCGUCUGUGGCCACAGGAGAUGAUCAUGGAGGUUCAGGGAGGAUAUGUACUGCUCAGUGACAUUGAAUCCAAGAUCGAGCUGGAGUCACUGCCUUUGAGUAACAUCACACAAACCAAGGCAAUGUUGGACAGCUGCUCCUACAACUCUCUGCUGAUAAUAACAGUGCAGGAACACAGAAAACGGUUCCCCCAGGUCUACAUGUUCCAGUGUGAGGAGAUCAAGGCCGAUGUCCUCAAGAGUGAUCUGGAUAAAGUGAUCCCAAAGAGAGGUGCUGAAGUGGAACCUCACUUGGAUCAAUUGGACAUCAGGAGUAAUCGUGAAAAUAUCAUCGGACGACAUUCUCCAGGAGGUUUCCAGCAGGCUGAGCCUCGCCCUGCUCAUCGAGAGUUGAUCCUUCCACCAUCGGACCACCUAACACGAUCACAGUGGGAGAGCAUGUCUCUCCCUGUCUACUCUUCAGUGGAUGAAAUGCUGCGCCAUCCUGAUCCUCGUGAAACACAGACUAGUCCAGAGUUGCAGAAUAACACGGAUGUUUUAAACCAUGUCAUAGGAGAUAUUGAGAUCUUCAUAGGCAAAGUCUCUUCUGUAGGAAAAGCGCUUCCAUCACAAAAGGAGAAGAAGAAAAACAUGUUUAAGAUGGAGAAAGCCAAGAAAAACGCAUCAGCUGAUUAUCUGCCACCCUGGCAGGAAUAUAUGUCCUGUCUCCAGAAAAUCAAAUAUGGAUUCAAUCUGCUGGCUCAGCUGGAUGGGGUGCUGAACAGCCCAACUGCUCAGGACUUUGUCCACAUCUUCUUCUCCUGUUUAGCCAUGUUGGUGCCUCGGUAUCCUGCAGACCUGCCACCCACUGUGAUCUCGCCGCAGCUGUCAGAAUCAGCCGUGUGGCUGCUCAGUGAUGUUGUCACCCCGGAGGAGGACCAACUGUGGAAGUCCCUGGGAGAGCCGUGGAAUGUUCCCAGGUCUAGAUGGGCGCGCAAUGAUGUUCCACCUUACAUUCCUCAGUUCUAUGAUGGCUGGCAGCCGCCUCCCCCCUCACACAUACCCCCAAGGAGCAGGAACAACAGCCAGCGUUACUCAUCUGAUGGACCAAACAGAAAUGUAAAAUCGGUGAGCAACAGUGCACGGAAUUCACCAACAAGUGUCAGGGAGUCACCUCUGUUAAUGCGCGUCAUUUACACCUUCAUGGCCAGAAACAACCAAGAGCUGAGUGUUAUGAAGGAUGACGUGGUUCAGGUGAUUCAGAAGUCCAAGCAGUGGUGGCUUGUUCGAAACAACCAGGGACAAGAAGGGAGCGUUCCUCAGAAUGUUUUGGAGCCGAUGAGGAACACCAGGCUCACUGAAGACAUGUUGGAUACACGUGGUCCAGUGACUCUGGACAUGUCCUCAUCACCCUCAGAAGUGAGAGCCUGGCUGCAGCACAAAGGUUUCUCAAAAAUCACUGUGUCCAGCCUCGGGGUGCUAAAUGGUAAACUGCUUCUGGGAAUGACCAAGGAGGAGAUUAGGACCGUGUGUCCAGAGGAAGGAGGCAAGGUCUUCUUCCAACUUCAGGGAGUCAAAUCAGCUGUUGCACUGGCCAGUGAACCGUCGAACAUAUAUAAUACCUACUACUAACAGCCCAACCUCACUGCUUCUCUCUCCUGAAUUUCCAAGUGCAGAUCAAUGUCUUGAACAAAUUUUGUCCCGAUUUCGUAAAUUCUCUGUGGAGGGUUACUCAGCAUGAAUUAAACACUACAUCAAACAUUUAUCUAAGUGAAGUAAAAGUGCUUUUAAUGAAUGAAACCUCCAUGUGUUAUAUGUUAUGUGUUAUGUAACAUGUAGGUUCUGCUACAGUUAAUUAAAUGUGAGUAUGAGAUAAUACUUUUGCAUUUAGUUAUUUCAUUUUCACUAAAUACUGUUGCUCUCUUUAUAUAACUUAACCGUGUGUUUUAGAAAAACAUUUAAGAACUUUCAGCUGCUUUAACUUAUACCCAUACUACAGUUUCAUUUCAUUUUAAUCAGGAUUUCUUGAGCUGUAAUGACUUGAUCUGCGUCAAACGUAAUAAAGUAAUUAAGUAUUUUAAAUGAAAUGUCAAAUUCUGCUUAUAUUUAUAUAAUUACAACUGUGAUUCAUGUAUAUAUUUUUUAAAGUGUAAUGUGAUUUUAAGCCAUGAUAUGAUUAGUACAUAAUAAUUAAAAGCUAA